CUACAGCGUUUCAUUUGGAUUGUAAUUUAAUUUUACAAGAACUUAAAGCUUUUGUGACAGCGGUUCAAGGCUUACUAACGGCUUAGCGUCAUGAAGUUGAAGCAAAUUCUAGUGCCGGGGAAGAGCAUCUUUGUUUUAUGGGUAGUGGUCGUAUGGAAGAAGAUGAGUAUACCCAUAUGGUAGUCGCAUCGUUUUUGCAGAAAAAUACCCAAUAUGUUUCUCUCUUAACGGGUGGCUACGGUUCGAUACAUAACUAUUUUGGAGAUCAUAUUGGCGAUUGUCUGGAGAAACAUGAUCCAAAAAUGUGCUUAAUUUGCUUUAAAAAUCAACCAAAGGGGAAAAUUGCUCAACAAUCUAACAAAAGACCAACUGAAACUGGCACUACGACAGAUCUGUUUGCAAAAUUUUCAAGCGUUAUGAAGCUCAAGUUGGCCGAAGUGAAAGAUAAGCUUAUGCAUAUUAUUGUAAAUCCCUCCAAUAAUACGGCGAACGCGUCGAUGACUGUCGGUAAUUCGCAUCAGUAUACGCAAGAACGGCAUGUCUCAGCUUCAGAACGUAAUGGCAAACAUUAUCGUAAUGUAGCACCAGCUUUUAGCAUCGACGACGGAAUUUAUAUGGCGUAUGUGUUAUACUUUAUGAAAAAAAUGAAAUGAUUUUUUCCUUUUUUCUGCAGGCAGUGCUGCAAUACCCCAAGAAUACAAGUUUAAAUUUUUGUAAAUUUAUCUGCUGUAGUUUAUGAGUAAUAAGCAAAAAGCCAAUUUUUUAUUCCCUUUAAAAAACAGACAUGUUCUCAGUUUGCUUAAUACUGCAGGCGAGUCCUUCGACCAAUUUGGCCCAUUUUCAAUACCAAUCGGGACGUAAGAACUUCAAAUGCUUUUGCCAAGUUGGAUGUCGAUAGCUUCAUUUUUUCCGCCGUGAGAAUGUUCACAGCAUUACGCAUUGCACAAGCAGGCAAACAGAGAUAGGGACAUUCUUGAAUCGAUUCAGAGUUUGAUAAUGAUCAAGAAUAUGUACACAUAACGUGGCAUCUUCCGAAUGCUUAUUUGAUAUGGAAAUUAGAAGACAGCAGAAGAAAGGUUCAGUGUUCAUGUUGCUAACAUAAAUAUUGAAUUUAUUGUUAAAUUGCUUUUCAUUCUGCAAACCCUUGACACAAAAUAUUGCGAUUUAAGAUCUGAGUAAAUAAUAACAUAUAUCUGCCUUCCUAUAAGUUUCCUUAUAUUCUGAGCAAAUUUUUCACUGAUAUCGCAUAUUCCGCAACAAUUCUUCAUAGGAAUCUUUCCUUGCUUUGAUUAAUAAGAAUAACGUUGUACAUCGAUAUUGUAUACCACUAGCAUAUGCUACAGUUCAUCAAAUGUCUGAAUUGUCCUAAGCGAAUGAAUAGGCGAAUGAAGGUCAAUUCUUCGAUAUAUUCGUACAAGUGGUUUUAUAUAAAAUAU